AUGUUUCUUAAUUGUUUAAAAUCAACCGCCACAUAUGAAUCGGACUCCGUAUCAUGUAAUGCCUUCUCGUAUGUCAGCAAGAAUAGCACCUACACCUCCAAAAAGGAUAAUAAGACCAUUGAGAUCACUGUCCAACUUAAUACCUAUACGGUUACAUUGAACGGAAAUGCUAUAUUUAUGUUGAACGGUAUGAUACAGUCGGGUCCCUGUGCUGGCGGACAUUUGGAUGAACUGACAUUCUCGGUGGCCGAUGACCAAAAUGGGUGUCUGUCCCAGAAGGGCCUGGCUCAGUCCACUCCAGUCUACUCUAUACUCAGAAUAAGUGGCGGCAAAUGCGAGUCGGACUGCUCGGGAGGGGUGACCACUAUGUACUCCCCGCCCAUUAUCAACCACUCCGACGAUAUAUCAUUCAAAGCGUGUUAAUAGUAUCGGUCUAAUCAGUCGUUAACUACUUAUCAAUUG